UAUCGCCUCCCCCCUCCGGAGAUCAUGCCUCAACACAUUCGAGCACACAUGAGCAACUGCUGGCUCGCGGAUCCGGAAAAACGACCCAGUUUUGCCGAGCUAUCAAGAAGUCUUCAAGUAACUAAUGGCACUAAUGCACAAAUCGGGACCAAACAUAAAUCAGAUUCAACCAGCGAGACGACGAAUGAGUCCAGAGAUCUGGAUGACACUUCUCGACGUUUCACUCGUUUUCAUAUUGCUGUGAAAGACAAGCGAAAUCGGGAGCCUUGA